AUUAGGGAAAAGCUGAGCAGCGAACAAUAAGAAAAAGGGAAACAGAGACAAAGUACUCUGAUCUCCUCCUGUUCGAUGAUUCCCCCCCUAAUUUUCUUUUUUUCCUUUUCCUGAUCAAUUUCCCUCCUACACUGUAUAAUCUCGUGUGAAAUUGUUUGAUCCCUUGAUUACGUGGACUUUGCGCUAUGUUUUGGUGGAAAUCUGAUUCGAUGGAGUGGCUACGGGAGUGAAGAAAUGCCGGCGGCCAUGGAGGGCAGGAUAAGUGGUGGAUGCCAGCAUAAUUUCGGGGAGAGCAGCGAGGAGGAGCUGGCAGUGCUCCCUCGGCACACUAAGGUAAUCGUCACCGGCAACAAUCGGACCAAAUCGGUGCUCGUCGGCCUCCAGGGGGUCGUCAAGAAGGCUGUGGGACUUGGAGGUUGGCACUGGCUGGUUUUGACAAAUGGAAUAGAAGUGAAGCUGCAACGUAAUGCACUAAGUGUGAUUGAAGGCCCAACUGGCAAUGAGGAAGAUGAUGAAGUUGAAUGUAACAAUGCACUCUGUAAUGGCUCAGUUUCUGGAUCUAUACAAUUACAUAAAACUCAAAGCUCAAGGAGCAGACACCAAAAAGGAUCUUGGAGCAGAUCUAACUCUUUUGAUUCCCAGUCUAAGGGAUCUGUUUCCUCCUCCACAAUGAGCACAAAGGUUGACCUGAGCAAAUUAGAAACAACAGCAUUGCAGAGAUAUUAUCGACACUUCAACCUUAUGGAUGCUAAUCCUAAUCCCUCCAAAGAGCAGUUGAUUGAAGUUGUUCAAAGGCAUUUCGUUUCUCAGCAAUUGGAUGAAAUGCAGGUAAUUACAGGGUUCAUGCAAGCCGCAAAGAGACUGAAGACCAUCUGCAAUUAAACGUGGGGGUACCUGUCUAACGUAAGCUAGCAGAAUGGCGGUCUUCAGUAUUGGCUACGACACAAACUGUGGAGCUUUUGGCAACGGAAUGCUUAUAUCACUGGAAGUUCCUAUUAUUUAUUCCAUUUGCGAGCAUACCAUGUAAGCUUUAUGUGAAUCUCGAGCCUAUAUGGAACCAAGUGAGCUAAAUUUGUGGGAGUUGGUGUUAAACCUUAUAGUUGAGUAACUGGCGUGGGUUUCUCAA